CGAAUUCCCUCCUGGCUGCGGCCCUUUUCCUGCCUGUCCAAUGGGGAACGUAGCCGGGCACAGCUUGCCGCUCGCUUGUGCAGCAGCUGCAUCAUCCCCAGUUUUGCGGCAACCGUGGACGAGCAGACGGCAAAAGCCAUGGCGGCGGGGUUACGGAAGCUGGCUACUAUGUUGCAGGUGAGGCGCGUCGUCGUUUGUUGCGAUAGAAAAAGUUGCGCACAGUACCUACAGCCAGACUUCUGUGUGGAAGUAGUUGCGACCCCGUUGUGUAGUCCCAUGAAGAUCAGCGACGGCGACGCUACAAUAACGUGUGCAGCUGCCCGGGUGAUUCGCAGACACGAUCCACAUUUUUCCAGCAUUCAGAAGCCCCAGUACAGGUUUGAUGUAGCCUGUAUGAAGCGAAUGAUCGCGACCGGGCCUGGUGGAUGGGACGCAGUCGAGACUGACCACGCAGAAGAUUUGCGCAAAGCCGGCAAAAUGCAGCCGCACGGUCGGCAGUUCUACAAGGACGUUUUUUGGAAACCGACUGUCAGAGACGCCACUUUGCAGCACAAAGUGCUCACGGACAGCGCUACGGCCGCAGCUGCGUCCGCGUUUGAACUGACUUUUGACGGUGAAACCAGCACGAGCUUGAAGUACCUCAAUGUGAGUCACGAGCUGCUGGAACCGACGACCAAGUGGAAGGACAUCGCAGCAAUUGUUGGGCCGAGCGGGUCCGGGAAGACCACGGCAGUCACCCAGCUUUUGAAGGACCUUCAGAAUCCCAAAAACCAAACGAGCACAAAGAAGAGCGUAGCCGCGGUGUGGGGGGUGGUCGAGGAAAGCGCAGCCGUUAUUUCUCCGCGCACUUCUUCCAGUGCAAAAAUCUCUCCUGCGGCUUCUAGCGAACAGCUGCAAGACGAUAAAGUGUCUGAAGUUGAACAGGACCGCCGCCCAGCACGAGGGCAACUUGUCCGUGACUUCUUUCCUACCGAUGACGGGGGGUUCACGGAGAACCAGCGACAGUUUCUUCAGUCCGUUCUGGGUCUCUCCGACCGCGUACUGCAGUCUAGCGUAGCGUCAAGGUCCUUGUCUACAGCCGAUCGCGAGUGCAUCCGUUUGGCCAAGUGCCUCUUUCAGCACGUUCGUGACUGUCCGCGGACGCAAGAAGUGGACGAAACGCCCGCGUGCGACGGAGAACCGACCCCACUACUCGUGAUCGACGAGUUUACCUCUCUGCUGAGUCGGACCCGCGCAGAACAUGUUUGCAAACAACUCGCGCAGUGGUUUCGUGGGGGAUUUUUUGGUAAACUGCGCCUGCUGGUUGUGGGUGUGCACGAAGACGUGGUCGAUUGGCUGAGGCCCAGUUUUGCUCUGCAUACGAACAGCGGGUGCGUUUCGGUUCCCAGCGCGGACUCGCAGAGGAAGAAUCCUGUGCUAGCCGAAGCGAGUGCAAGGGCCUUCUCGGAAAAGAAAUCUACAAACAAAAUACAAGUCGCAAGAACUAAGAGCGCACAGAAGGUGCGCGAAGUGACCGGAGGUGGCACCCAAAGGUCUCUUGACUUUUAUUGCAGCAGCCAAAAGAAAGCGCCAUCAACUAUUCGGUCCGAUUUAUCUCGCGCAAAGCGCGAGAAGGACUUCGAAGUGCUGCAGGAUCCAUUCUUUGCGGGGGAGAAUCUCGCAAGUGCAAAAGCAGUUGUAAAGCACAACGCCAAGAAGCGCCCUGGGCCUGGUAAUUCCGAUGAAGACGUUGAAAUCAUAAAGCCAGUGGCUCAAGAUCAUGGACACCAAUCUCCUCCGCGCAAAUCCAGAAAACUUAGCUUUGGGGCCAAACAAGUCCCGGAGGACGGGGUAAACGUAACUCUCAACGGAGAUCUCGCUGGUGACGCUCGCGAUGGAAAUAAAGCACGACAUGAGUCUGGUGAGGUAGAAACUUCACACAUACACGACCCGGAACAAGUGCGGCUGUUUGCCGCGCCGAAGCUAAGCUUCGUCGUCAAGCCGCUUCCGACAGAAUUUGACAAAGUAGAGAAGAUUUGGAAAGAUCACUUUGAGAAGCACCAUUACCUACGUCCUGGUCUCCCGAAGGGAAUGCAGAGCUUUCUGGUUCGAGACGCUACAUCCAACCAGAGCGUUGCCUUCUACGGCGCAUCGGUGCAGUGCGGGAGGGGUCUCAACAAGGCGUGCUGUCGGGAGACGCGCAUGGUAAUAUUGCCCGAGUUUCAGGGUCUUGGAAUCGGCCCGCGCCUCUCCGACGCGAUGGCGCAGCUGUACCUUGAUCACGGAUGUACGCGCUACUUCGGACACACCGGUCACCCGGGGCUCGGGGGAUGGCGUAACAACUCUUCCUUGUGGCUGCGGUCCAAACAAUCCGAAAAGCCGGAGCCGGUGAAUAAGCCGAACACGAACUUCAAUAAAUCGAACAAGGCCUCUGCGGCACCGAAACAAAAGGCAAAAAGUAUUCCGGCAAGCGGAGUCGGCCCCAGUGGAAGCAGCUGUAGCUCUUCAGUAGUACCUCCUACCCAGAUGCGUGUCAUGUUUCGCCACGAGUUUCUUGGAAGGGGCGGCGCGCAGAGCGAGCACGGAGCGGGAUUAGAACAAGCGAAGAAGGGAAAACAAAAGGCUGGCAGCGUCCAGGCGGCGCAAAAGGCAAAGAAAGCCGGCGUUGCAAUCGAAGACCUCCCGAGCGGCGCGCUAAUGCUAAACUCAACUACAUCCACUUCGAUGCUAGAUGACCCGAACAUAUUUCGCAUCGAAUGUGGCCCCGCUGUACCGCGCGACACGAGCGACACGACAGGGAUAAUCACCGACGAAAACGAAGAAGUAGAGACGGGGCACAGCUGCAAUGUGGUGGCCGCUUUCGGACAAGAAGCAGCAACAUCAGAAACGCCGAUCGUUGCCAAUCCCGGCCUUGACGAGGACAGAAAGCCGACGCGCGUCCAGCAGUCAGGGGCGCUAUUUGACAUCCGCGGCCCUGGUUCGGCCCUCGAUCCCAUUCCUGAAAACGAUAGCGACAUUCCCAUGGACUUUUGUUCAUCAUCUGAGGAUGAUGCGAUAAGGUUAAAGCACCCCCCGAUAGACAGCGACUGAUGUAAGUAAGUGCUCUUGAUGUGCUAUUUCGAGCCACUCGCAAUCUGUGUGUUUUCGUUGAACAAACUUCCUGACACUUCCGAAACGAUCAUUCCACUACGGAAAGAUUUAGCUGGUAGCUGGACCACCGCUUGGAAAUCAUCACAAUACUGAGGCAUCUUCACAUUGCAAGACGAAGUGCGGCGGAGGCGCUUGUGUUCAACUACA